UUUGUUUUGCUUUACCCGUUUACCGACAAACUCCUAACAAUAGUUGUUACUUGUUUAGAUUAUUAGGAAUUCAUUAUUUAGUAAUUAAACGUUUUAAGUGAAAAUGCUUUGACAAGUUGUUAAUAAACAUAUGACUUGCAUAACAAUUAUUUUUAAGUUUACAAAUCAUUUAAUAUCGCACACGAAAUGGCGUCAAUGAGUGCAGCAAAAAAGAAACAAAUAUCUCAAAACGAGUUACGACUAUUGAUGCUCAAGCAGAAGUUACAAACGCAAAGAGUAAAGAAAAAAAUUGAUUCGCCUCUGGCAAAGUAUAGUAACAAUGGUCAAUUGUCCUGCGUUGUUUGUAAGUUGAAUAUUAAAGAUGAUUCGUUGUGGAGCGAUCAUAUAAAAUCAAAAGUUCACAAAGAAAACAUUACUAAACGAAAGCCAGAAUCAUCCAAAGUAACUGAACGAUUGGGGGAACCGAUCAAAAGUUUAAAACGAACAUUUCCCGUACAAGAAACCCCAACACCACCAAAGAAAAUUAAAGGUAUAUUGAAAAAUGCAAAACCUAAACAAGAUUCAAAUAUUCCUAGUGAUUUUUUCGAGAGUCCCACUAAAAAAACGCUAAAAAUAGUUGAACCAAAUGUAGAGAAAAUGGAAGAAGAAACAGUAGACAAUGACGAAUUAAAUAUUGAUAAAGGAGAACUUCCUAAAGGAUUUUUUGACGACCCAAUGUUGGAUGCUAAAAUUCGAAAAGAAGAGUAUGUUAGUUCAAUUGAUGAAGAAUUUAUUAAGUUUCAAAAAGAAAUGAAAGAAGAGAAUUUAUUGUCUGAACAAAUUAUGGCUGAUAACGAAGACGAAACAACAUAUGGAAGACAAGUAGAAGAAAUCGACGAACAGAUUAAACAUUGGUCAAAAGUUAUCGAGUUGGAGAAAAAAAGAGACCAAAUUGCCCAAGUAACUGAAAAUAUGGAUAAUAUAGAAAUUAAUAACGAUUCGAUCGAAGAAGAAGAAUCCGAUGAUAGUGAUUUUGAUGAAUUUAUAGAUUGGCGGUCUAAAAGUUAAUUAAUUAAUACAAUUAUUCUUGUGUAUUAUUUGUUUAACAUACUCGUCACAUUAUUUUGAAUUGUAUUGUUGAAAAUAAAUUGUUAUAGGAGAUUUAAUUUUGCACACCUAUUUAAAAAUGUUAAAUUUUUUUACAUUUUAAAAGUCAUUGAAUAUGCAAGUCCAUGCAAGUUUUUUAUGAUUCAUUU